GAGAAAAUCAAUUCUGGGGUGAAUCAGUUGUGAUGUCGACCCCCCGUACACCCCUCCUGCAUCGAUCCAUCCCCACUUCUCCCCCCCCUCCGGCCGGGCCAGCUGGGCGGCGUGCCCACGCCGGGGGCCAUGAGCGCGUUGGGCUCGCAGACGCCCGAGCCCUCGAGGCAGGAGAUGAAGCUGGUCGAGGGAGGAGUGGGCCUGCUUCUCUUCGACUUCGACGGCACCCUCACCUCGGUGCCCGGCGAGAAGGCGAAACGCGGGCAGAAGAAGGCCGACCUCGAGCAGAGGGCGCGACUGCUGGAGCGCUAUCUUGAGGCGUUUCAGAGCGCUGGCAUCGUGUUGGGGAUCAUCACGAAGAGCCAGGAGGGCACCGUGCGCGGCGCCCUGGCGGAGGCGGGGCUGCAGCGGUACUUCGAGGGCCCGGUGAUAGGCAACGCCAUAGGUUUCGAGGGGAAGGCGGGCUUCAUCGAGGAGCUGCUCCAGGCGGUCGAUUUCCCCCACGUGCAGCGGGGCGAGGCACCGGCCGCCCGCGACGCCGCGGCCAUCGAGCACCUCUCAUUCGCCAGUUGCCCAGAGAUGCAAGUCGCGGAGCUGGAGAAGCAGCUGGCGGCAGCGCGGCAGCAGCUGGCCACCGGAGGGAGGUCUGAGAGCAACGCGAUGGAGGUCGACGUCGAGAGCGGGGAGCUGCCGCCGCAGACCCCCGCUCAGAUCCGCGUUCGGUUGGACGAGAUCGAUGAGGCCAUGCGGGCGAUCAAAGACCUCAAGGACCCCUGCUUCGAGAAGGCGAGAGAGGACUACGAAGGGGGGCGCAAGCGGCUGCGGUCGGACUUGGAGGCGUCCAAGCCAGUGCCUGCGCAGCUGCGCUCUCUGUCAUUCCAGUCGGCGAAGUGGAACACCAAGAAGGCCAAGCACGAGGGCCUUCUGGCGGCCGCCAAGAUGGAGGUGCAGAAGCUGCAGGAGACCAUCCGUGAGCAGGAGCAGUUGGUGGUCGAGGCUGAGCAGGCAGGCGAGCUCGUGGCCGCCCUCGGCAUCACGGUCGACAAGCUCGGAGGCAUCCUUGCAGGACUCGGAGACGACGGUCAGUUACAAGCGAAGUUGGACUCGGCCUUGGAGGAGGCACGGGUUCUGGAGGAGCGCAGGAGACAGGGGCGGUCGACACCCGAGGCAGCGCAGCACGAUAACGCUGAGCCGCAGCGGGAGGCCGCCUCUCAGGGCGAGACCAGGCCUGAGCCUGGAGGAGUCGACGUACCAACACCAGACGACACGGACUUGGAGGAGCUGCGGGCUUUCCUGGGGCGCGCUGGGGUUGCUGCGCAGCCCGAGGCCGACGAGGCAACGAUCCGAGGGAGCGUUCGCAAGCUGGCCGAGGGGCUCAAUGAAUGGAGGAUUGAGAAGCGUGCCAAGGUCCAGGCUGGCGCGGGCGGCGAGCACUGCCUGGGCCGGAGCGGCGGCGACAGCGCCAAGGGCCGUGGCAAGGGGCGGGGAGGGCGAGCCGCGGACGCGAGGCAGGCUGGCCACAAGGGCAGCAUCGUGACGCUGAAUUGCUCGUCCGAGAAGCAGCUGCUCGAGUACAUGGUGCACUGCAGUCACACAGUGGUCGCGGUGCAGGAACAUCACGUUGCUCAUGAUGACCUGGCAGGCGCACAGCAUCGGUUGCUGGACGCGGGCUGGCAAGGCAUAUGGGCAGCGGCCAACCACGCAGUCAACGGUGGCACGCAGGCAGGGCUAGCAGUUUUGGCCAGGCCGAACGUCAUGAUUACGCGCGGGCCGUGCAUGAAUGGACAGACCGUACUGGCUGGCGGUCGAGCUUUGCCCGCUCAAGUACACUGGGAAGUCCCUGGAGGAGUGGUACUGGUCUCAGUGUAUCUUUAUGUCAAUGAAGGUUGGUCUGACAAUAACCUACACAUCAUGCAGGAGGUCAGUAGCUAUUUGGAAAGAUUGAAUCAUGCAGGCUACGAUUGGAUUGUGGCAGGAGAUUUCAACAUCGAAGCAUCCCAGUUCGGCGAUAUGCGAUGGUUACACGGGCUUGGUGGGAUGCUUCGGGCUCCAGCGGCGACCACAUGCAGACAGGCUAUGCCUGGUAGUUGCAUCGACUAUUUCCUCACGUCGUCUAACUUGAUGACACGAGUAGAGCAGCCGUGUGUUCAGGAGGCGGCAACCACGUUUCCGCACUUGCCAGUAUACAUGCUUAUCAGUGGCAAGGGCAUCCAGUUGUUUCAUCGUGAACUGCGUGGGCCGCGUGCCGUGCCCAAACAGCCGAAGCCAGGGUGCGCGAGGUUUCCAUUGUGUUGGCACGGAGUUGCACGUAUUAUAGAUGCCGCGUGUGACGACAGCAGUUUGCAGGUGGCAUGGGAUGCUGUGCUGAGCCAAAUUGAAUUAGAGCCGCUUGCCAGACAUGACGUCGUUGGCACCAAGGCUGAGCCGUUCGUUGGAGCAUGUGGCCCAGUAGAGUUUGAGAUUGUCAAGCUGCAGUGGCAACCACAGCAGAAGCGUUCAUACUUGUCAAAAGCAGCCAAUGCGUGGUGCGUUGCAGCCAGAUGGGCGCGACACAUGCGUAGGGCGAAAGAAGCUAUCAUUAAUGUCACGGCAAAGGUAAGUCUGCAGCAAGUGACAGGGGCGGCAGACAUGGCCCACCUGCACAAGCUGUCGAGUUUGACGAUUGAGCUAGGCCGCUUUUUGGCGAAGGUGCUGACUGAGACGGCCGUGCUCAGCGAGCUCGACAGCUGGGCGUCUGACUUGUUUCUGUUGGGAAUGGAGUUCCUUGUUCACACAGAAGUAGAUGCAGUGCUGGAUGCAAUCGAGGCCAAAGCAACGGAGCUUGCGGAGGCACACAGUCAGAAGACCGCCAAAGCCUGGAGGGACUGGGCGGCAGCCAGCUUUUCUAACGGCGCGCGCUUCGCGCAUAGGCACACGAAAGGGAGAGCGUUGCAGGAAGUGGUUAAUGCUAAUGUGACCGCUCGCACGCCCUCCCAGCCGUAUCAGCUAGCCGAUAAGGCCAUGAGGGACUGGGAAGAGAUUUGGUCGAUGCACGAUGCCGCAGUCCCUCAGUUGCCAGCAGAGGCGAAGGACUGGGAAGAGCUCCCACCUUUGACCUUGCAGGACUUGCAACGCGCCAUUCUUCAGUUCCCAUGGGCGACGGGAGUCGGCCAGUUCAGUUUUGCUCCUCGCAGUUAA